CCACUGGCUGGUGGUGACGGAGGACGGUCACAUGGUGACGGGCAGACAGCAGCCUCGUCUGGUGUUGGUGUCUCUGACCUGUGAGGGAGGUCACGCGUGUCUGAACGGCCCGAACAUGGAGGAGCUGCGGUUCCCCGUCAGACAGUCCGACAACGGCGUCAUCGGCUGCAGAGUUUUCGGAGAUGACAUUCAGGGACGAGACUGCGGGGACGAAGCGUCUCGCUGGCUGACUCGUUAUCUGGGCGAAGAGGACACUUUUCGCUUGGUGCACUUUGAACCUCAGAUGAGGGGGAGGAGGCCUGCGGAGAGCGAGCCCAUGUUACCGCAGUUCAAG